CAGUUUGUGUUGAUUUUGGCGCCCCCUGUGGUCAAAGUGGGAACUCCAAUCUCUGCUAAUCUUGUCCUCUGAAUGUCACGCACACCAAUCUCAUGAUGUCGCAUGCAAAGUUUGCACAUCAGGGACGACUUGAAUCAGUGUCCUGGGAACCCCUGCCCUUUUACCCAAACAGGCUGUAAUCUCAAAAAGUGAUUGCAGCAGCCUCAUGAAUAUUCAUCUUGUCACCACUGUGGGAGUUGACCUGGCUUCUGUUGUGUUUAAAUGGCAGGAUUUUCCCUUGUUCUGCCGUUUGGGAUCUGCUGUGGUAGUACUGAUCAAAUAACACAUCAUGGAAACCAUCAGUGAGAUCAUCCCAUUCGCGAAGGAGAUGCUGAACCAGAGGCCUGGUCGGCACAUGCUGAAGAUCUACAUGCUCGGCUCCACGUUGGCCGUGCUUGGAGUAAUAGGUGGACUGGUGGAGACGGUACUUCUGCCAUUUGCGGAGCGGGAGGAGACGGUGGAGGAGAGGCUAGCCGUGCUGAUUCUGGAAAGGAGGAAGGAAGAGGAGGAUGAGAAGGAGCAGGUGUUGAAGUCACAUCUCACCUCGGUUCAGCUUGGUGAUGAGGAAGACCUGGCGACAGAAUUAAUUGAGGAUAAGGUCAAAUAUCUGAUGCCUAACAGGAACAGAAGCUCUGUGAACCGCUUACAUUCAUGAACAGAAACCCUUUUCAUGAGUGAAGCAAAUAUUUGUUGAUGUGAUCUGAUGAAUGUGAAGGGAAUGCACGUUGUGAUUGAUUGAGUGACUCCAAUAAAGUUGUUUUUCAUCAGGC